AUGGUGCUAACUUUGCUGCCAGUCGGUCCACCUUCAGACUCUCCAAUAUUAAACAAGACUUUCAACUCUCUCACUCUUGAUGUACAACUUUCACAGUUUGAACAAUUCAGAGAGCGAUCUUUUGAAUCGUAUCAUGAAGGUAGACAUAAGCUAUUAACUGUUUGUUUCAAUUUCCGGUCAGCUAUAACAAAUGAACUUAAAAACCGUCUUCCAUGGUCUAUGGAUUAUACUCGGGCACUUUACACAUUUGACAUAGGACAAAAUGAUCUUCAAGCCUGGAUUAUAUCAAAGAAGCAAGAGCAACUCAAGACAUAUAUUCCCACCAUAAUCAAUGAGUUUGCUUCUGUCUUAGAGAAACUCCACAAAGGAGGAGCACGGACAUUUUGGGUUCAUAAUACAAGUCCAUUUGGGUGCCUGUCUGUCAUCGUCAAAUUCUUUCCACCGGCUCCAAACAUUACAGACAAAAGCGGGUAUGUGAAAUCAUACAACAAAAUAGCACAAGACUUUAAUAAACAGCUCAAAGUUAAGGUAUCACUACUCAGAACACAAUUUCAAGAAGCAAUGUUGGUGUUUGUUGACAUUUAUUCAGUUAAGUAUUCUCUCAUAAAUGAAGCAAAUAAGCAUGGUAAACAAGUUUCUUCCUUUUUUUCUUUCUUUUUGAAAGGUGUGAAUUACUCGUGAAUGUGAGGGUGUCUAGCAUAUGUGUUGUCUUGACCGUUGUCUCACAAGUUGUAAAAUGUACGUGCAUAUCAACUGCUCAUACAAACCCGUCAGAGUAUAUUAACUGGGAAUGUCAGAAG